AUGACGAACCAGGACAACAUGACCGAUACUACGCUCGUGACAGCGGGCAACCGCGAGCAGAGCGAUCAUGACGUCUCUGACAACCCUCAUGCUGCAGCAAAUGAAGGCUUCUAUUCUGUAGAGGCGCCUUCGAGUCCUUCCAACAGUCUUCCCAACUCCGAGAAGCCCGCUCAGCCAGACACAAGAUCCUCCGACGAUGCCCAAGCCGAGCAAGCCACGAAGCCCCAACUGACGCGGCAAGAAUCCAGAGCAGACUCAUUCUCCAGAUCAAGAAUCAUUGUUAUUAUGUUCUCUCUUUGUAUGGCGCUUUUCCUAUCUGCUCUGGACGUCACCAUCAUUACCACUGCUCUACCCACCAUAGCCGAGCAUUUCCAUGCCUCUACAUCCGGCUACACCUGGGUCGGUAGCGCGUACCUCCUCGCGAAUGCGGCCAGCGUUCCUCUAUGGGGCAAGCUUUCAGACAUAUGGGGUCGAAAGCCUAUGAUUCUAUUUGCCAACGUGAUAUUCAUGGCUGGCAGUCUUAUCGCGGGUGUCAGUAACUCUAUGGGGCUGCUGAUAGGGGGUCGAGCCAUUCAAGGUGUCGGAGGUGGCGGGCUGGUUAUUUUGGUCAACAUUUGCAUCGCAGACUUGUUCAGCAUGAGAGACCGACCCAAGUACUAUGGCAUAAUAGGUAUGGUCUGGGCCGUCGCCUCGGGUGUCGGACCUGUCAUUGGAGGCGCUUUUACGCAAGGCGUCUCCUGGAGAUGGUGCUUCUAUAUCAAUCUGCCCCUCGACGGUCUCUCGCUCGUCCUCCUCACCUUCUUCCUCAAACUCGAGACUCCAAGGACGCCAUUUUGGGAUGGUAUCAAAGCCGUUGACUGGACAGGUGUUGCCCUCAUAGUCGGAGGCGUCGUCAUGUUUCUCUUCGGCAUGGAAUCCGGUGGGGUCGGGCAUUCCUGGGACAGCGCUUAUACUCUUUGUCUGAUCAUUUUUGGAGUCUUCACCAUCGUUCUCUUCUUCUUCAACGAGUGGAGAUUCGCCAAGUACCCGGUGAUUCCUCUCCGACUGUUCAAGGAUGGAUCCAACCUCGCCUCUCUGGGAGUCUGCUUUAUCCAUGGAUUCGUUUUUAUUGCGUCGAGCUACUACUUGCCCAUCUAUUUCCAGUCCGUCCUUGGCGCCAAACCCAUUCUCAGCGGUGUUUACCUGUUUCCCCUGGUCAUCAGCUUGUCGUUCAUGUCGGCCGCUGCAGGUGUCUUCAUCAAGAAGACAGGUCGCUUUCGGGAGCCGAUCUGGUUUGGGCUGGUCAUGAUGACCAUCGGGUAUGGUCUCCUUAUUGAUCUGGACCCUACUGCCAACUGGGCCAAAAUCAUCAUUUUCCAGAUAAUAGCUGGCGUGGGAGUGGGACCGAAUUUUCAGAGCCCGCUCAUCGCUCUGCAAAGUCACGUCAAGGGACACGAUAUUGCCGUAGCAACUGCCACCUUUGGUUUCGUCCGCAAUCUGUCAACCUCCAUCUCGGUUGUGCUGGGCGGUGUGGUCUUUGACAACGAAUUGGCAAAGAAGCAGACAUAUCUGGUGAACCAUGGCAUCCCUACACAGAUGGCUAAGCGUUUGACCGCUUCAGGCUUCAGUGCCACGGCGAAUCUACUCAAAGCCUUACAACCAACUCAGAGGAGGGCUGUCGAUAUUGCCUACACUUCGAGCUUGCAAAAGAUGUGGAUCUUCUACACUGCGUUCGCGGCAUUUGGCAUUUUCAUCAGUCUGUUCAUCACGAAGAAGACACUGAGCAAAGAACACGAGAAAGCGAGGACGGGUCUGGCGGAACAAGAGCGUGUGAGGCAAGAGGAACUGGCUGCUCGCCAGGCCCGGCGAGGUACUCUCGAUGGCGAAAAGGACGCGCAAUAA